AUGUCUACUAGUGACUGGUUCGCGCCUCAUCCGUUGGAGUAUUAUGCUUCCAUAGGUCAACAAAGUGCCGUCAAUGUCCCAGACCUGCCUCCUGCCUCCGUCCCAUUUGGUUCCCCACCCGUCGACGUCAAAGUUGGCCCUAUCAUCAGAUUGUUGGCAACCCACGAACGACAAGAUGGCAAGCCAUUGAAUAAUUACAGAGCUACAGCAAUGUUGGUGACCAAUGACUCAACCACUGAGAAUCCUGGAACUCCACCAACCAUUGACUUCUCCGUGGGCCCCGCCAGUAAUACCACUAAUACUACUCCAACCAUCAACAGCGGCUCGUUCCCGGGCACCCAAUUCUUUGCCACCAAUGGUCUUUCUUUCUGGAGAUACAAUAUUGAUAUACAACUUAAUUCUGUUGAGCAGAAAGUGGUGUAUUCCGUCAAUGGUGUCAAUAAACCCCAAUAUCAUUUCUACAUCCCAUCGUUAACCCAAUCGAUGAACGUUGUUAGUUUCUCUUGUAAUGGGUUCUCUCUCGCCACCGACACUUCUGAAUACAAGAACUCACUUUGGUACGACGUGUUAGAAAAACACGGCAAGUUACACUAUCACGUCGCCAUUGGUGGUGGUGACCAAUUAUACUGUGAUAAGGUCAAACUCGUGUCACAAGAUUUCCAAGACUGGUUGGAAGAAUCUAAUCCACUAAAGAAAAUGAAGGCCCCAUUCAAUGACGAUUUGAAAAACUCGUUGGACCAAUUCUAUUUGCAAAAUUAUACCGAUUGGUUCGGAAGUGGUCAUUGGUCAGGUAGCCAAGGCAAGACUUUACAAGCGUUAUUCCCAGUAGCGUUAUCGACUAUCCCUACCGCAAACAUCUACGAUGAUCACGAUGUCAUCGAUGGGUACGGGACUUAUAAACACGAAACUAUGGAUGCCCCAGUUUUCAAAGGGUUGGGGAAAGUAGCCUUCAAAUAUUACAUGAUUUUCCAACACCACACCGCCCCUCAUGAACAACCCCAAUUGAAUGAACCAAGUUGGAUUUUCGGGGCUCAACCAGGACCUUAUAUGGAAGAAUUGUCACAUUCUAAUUAUAUCAGAUUGGGUAAAGAAAUCGCUUAUGUCGGGUUUGAUUGCCGAACUGAAAGAAAACGCGAUCAAAUUCUUACCUACGCUACUUAUAAUGAGAUCUUUGCCAGACUUGAAUCAGAAAUCAAGGCUGCUAAUGGGGAUAUCAAACAUUUGCUAAUAUUAUUGGGGGUCCCAAUUGCUUAUCCUCGUCUUGUAUGGUUAGAAAAAAUCUUAACUUCCAGAGCAUUAGCCCCAGUGCGGAUGUUGGCCCAAAAACGAAUCGUUUCCAAAGGAUUGGUUAACGAGUUCGAUGGGAGUAUCGAAGUUCUUGAUGAUUUGGAAGAUCAUUGGUGCGCAAAACAUCACAAACACGAACGUAAUUAUCUUGUAGGGAAAUUACAAGAAUUUGGGGCCGCCAAUGGGGUGAGAAUCACCAUUUUGUCAGGGGAUGUCCAUCUUGCCGCUGUGGGACGAUUCAAAAGCAAAAUCCACAAGCAUAGUAUGAUUUCCAAGAGAAUUGAAGCCAACGAGCAUGUGUUGACCCAUCCAGAACAAGAUCCUCGAUUAAUAUUGAACGUCAUCUCCAGUGCCAUCACCAACGCUCCUCCACCAAACGGCAUGGCAACGUUGUUAUACAAGCGAAGCAAGAUUCAUCGGUUUGACAGGAACACCGAUGAAGAUAUGGUGAGAUUGUUCCACAAGGAUGUUGAUGGCGAGGACAGAGACAAUAACAUGUUUUUGAAUAAGAGAAAUUGGUCUGAUUUAGUAUUGGUCAAACAAGAUCCGUAUUAUUCCAGUGGUAACGCUGCCAAUGUUAGUGCAGGAGACACCAAUGAUGCUAAACAGUAUAUUGCUGGCAGAUACCCUGGGCUCGUUACGCCAGGUUCUGAUCUUGGGGGUAAUGUGUUACACAACACUUUGGACAAAGUUGCUUAUCCGGUGAUGCCAGACUCUUUGGUUGCCAGUAUUCAUGUGGAGCGUCAUUCAGAAAUCGUUAAUGAAGAAUGUGCCCGUUACGAAGUGUUGGUGCCACCAAUGGUUGGGGAAUACCAGUUGAAGGAUGUUGGGGUCAAGAAUUGA